AUGGUUUCCGCCAAUUACUUCCUCCAUAUGGCUUUGUGUACAUCUGUACACUUGGGAACGCAAGUGAAAGCAAUCAUGAUCCAUCGGAAGCAUCAUUCUCAGCCCUCGGACGCAUACGCUAUGGCAGCCGGGUCGUGUCCGGUCGGAUAUGCCGCUAUCUCUUCCACCUCAGAGUGUGAUGCAGCUGGAAGUGCGCUCGGGCUCACGCCGGGCCCUUGGGCGUCCGUCAAUUGGGGUGGCAGCUGUGCAAAAUGGGAUGGUGGGUGGGGCGCAUGGGGCAGCAAUUGGUACGGGUAUUACGCGAGCAAUCAAGCCACCGCCGAGUUCAUUUGUGCCAAGGUGCCAGCUCCAACCUCUGCGGCCGGUACGGCUUCUGGCUCCCCCGUCGCAGUUCCAAGUUCGGGCGGGGCCGCUGCCACUGGCGAUCCCCAUCUGCAGAAUAUCCACGGCGAGCGGUUCGACGUGAUGCAGCCGGGCAGGCACGUUCUGAUUCACAUUCCCCGUGGGGAGCCCGCCAGGAACACGCUGCUCCACGUGGAGGCCGAGGCGAAGCGAUUGGGUGGGCAGUGCUCGGAUAUGUACUUCCAAAGGCUGAACGUGACAGGGGCUUGGGCAGAGACGAAACAGCCCGGAGGGUACCACUACAAAUCGCAAAGUGAUGUCGACGAGACUCCAGAAUGGAUCAGUCUCGGUAGGCUCGAGCUGAAGGUCGUGCAUGGACGUACACAGCAGGGCACCUUGUACCUGAAUUUCUACGUCAAGCAUCUGGGGCGAGCGGGGCAUGCUGUCGGAGGCUUACUGGGAGAAGAUGACCACUCAGAAGUAGAGACGCCUCCAGAGGCUUGUGCCCAGCGGAUCUCCCUCCUGACGCAAAGUGCAGACAUGAACAACCAUGGCUCUGAAUUAUCAUUAGCAGUCGCAAGCUUGGAGUGA